AUAGGGAAAAAAGAAAAGAAGAAAAACAAGUUUGUGUUGUUCAGAGAGAAAGAGCGAAAGAGAGCGAAAGAGAAAUUGAAGGAUGAGGAAGAGCGCAGCGUUGUUGCUGGUGCUAUGGCUGGCUAUGUCGGUGGGGGCUUGGGGUGAGGAUCAGAACGCCGAAAACAAUGAUUCAUGGACUGGCUGGGCCCGUGACAAGCUCACAGAGGGACUUGGACUCAAAGGUGGGGAAGCAGGCUCUAAGCCCGCGGAAAGAGCGAACAAAGCAGCCUUCGUUCAGAAGUUUUUAGAAGGAGCUAUAUACUCUCUUGAAAAACAUCAAACAGCCAAAGCUGAAGAGCUGAUGAAAGGAGCUAUGGAGUAUCUUUAUCAUGAUAACACAGUAAAGGAUAAAGCAGCCAAACUUGAAGAGUUCAUGAAAGAAGCUAUCAAGUAUCUUGAGCAAGAUAUGGUAGAUAAAGCAGAAAACGUGGUGAAAGGCGCUGUGCUGUAUCUUAAAGGCGAUGACGAAGACAACGAUGAAGAGAAUGGGAAAAGAGCGAAAUAUCUUGAAAAGGAUGAAAAGGAGAAAGUAGUAGCAGGAGUAAAUAAAGCAACCAUUGUUGAUUCGUUUCUGGAAGGAGCUUUAGCCUAUCUUGAACAACACCAAGUGGCGAAAGCUAUAGAUAUUAUGCAGGGAAUUGUACUGUAUGUUGGUCAAUCUGACGAAAUAAAAGAUAAAGCAGCCGCUGCUGAAGAGAUGAUCCAAGGAGCUUUGACAUAUCUUCAAGAAGACAAACUAGAGAAAGGUACAGAGAUGAUCCGUGAAGCUGCGAAGUAUCUUGAAAACGACGAGGAUUACAAAGCAGCAAUUGGCAAGGGGAAAGGAGCGAAGUAUCUUGAAAAAGGUAAUGCAGAAAUAGGAUUACAGAAAGCACAUUUUGUUGAAGAGGUUCUAAAGGGAGCUAUGUCCUAUCUUCAAGCAAAUCAUUUGGUCAAAGCUAAAGACGUUAUUCAAGGAGUGCAACAGUUUAUUGCUCAGGAUAAUACAUUAAAAGAUAAACGUGCCACAGCUGAACAAUUGCUCAAUGGAGCUUUUGGCUAUCUUGAACAAGAGAAAUCAGGGAAAGCGCAAAAAAUAAUCCAAGAAGCUAUAGAGUAUCUUCAAAACGACGAGGAUGUCAAAGCAGCAAAUAAAGUCUUUAAAGAAGCAGAAGCUAAGGAAGCUAAGUUGAGAGGGGUGAAGUAUCUUGAAAAGGAUGAAAAGGAGAAAGUAGCAGCAGGAGUAAAUAAAGCAACCCUUGUUGAUUCGUUUCUGGAAGGAGCUUUAGCCUAUCUUGAACAACACCAAGUGGCGAAAGCUAUAGAUAUUAUGCAGGGAAUUGUACUGUAUGUUGGUCAAUCUGACGAAAUAAAAGAUAAAGCAGCCGCUGCUGAAGAGAUGAUCCAAGGAGCUUUGACGUAUCUUCAAGAAGACAAACUAGAGAAAGGUACGGAAAUGAUCCGUGAAGCUGCGAAGUAUCUUGAAAACGACGAGGAUUACAAAGCAGCAAUUGGCAAGGGGAAAGGAGCGAAGUAUCUUGAAAAAGGCAAUGCAGAAAUAGGAUUACAAAAAGCACAUUUUGUUGAAGAGGUUCUAAAGGGAGCUAUGUCCUAUCUUCAAGCAAAUCAUUUGGUCAAAGCUAAAGACGUUAUUCAAGGAGUGCAACAGUUUAUUGCUCAGGAUAGUACAUUAAAGGAUAAACGUGCCACAGCUGAACAAUUGCUCAGUGGAGCUUUUGGCUAUCUUGAACAAGAGAAAUCAGGGAAAGCGCAAAAAAUCAUCCAAGAAGCUAUAGAGUAUCUUGAAAAAGACGAGGAUGUCAAAGAAGCAAAUAAAGUCUUUAAAGAAGCAGAAUCUAAGGAAGCUAAGUUGAGAGGAGUGAAGUAUCUUGAAAAGGAUGAAAAGGAGAAAGUAGCAGCAGGAGUAAAUAAGGCAACCAUUGUUGAUUCGUUUCUGGAAGGAGCUUUAGCCUAUCUUGAACAACACCAAGUGGCGAAAGCUAUAGAUAUUAUGCAGGGAAUUGUACUGUAUGUUGGUCAAUCUGACGAAAUAAAAGAUAAAGCAGCCGCUGCUGAAGAGAUGAUCCAAGGAGCUUUGACAUAUCUUCAAGAAGACAAACUAGAGAAAGGUACAGAGAUGAUCCGUGAAGCUGCGAAGUAUCUUGAAAACGACGAGGAUUACAAAGCAGCAAUUGGCAAGGGGAAAGGAGCGAAGUAUCUUGAAAAAGGUAAUGCAGAAAUAGGAUUACAGAAAGCACAUUUGUUGAAGAGGUUCUAAAGGGAGC